GGGUUGACGGGGCAGUACGCGCGCGACGCGCUGCCUACAAUGACGAGAUACAAUUCUCGAUUCCGAUUAUUAGCGGCCAGUGAUGUACAAGGUGAUUUCGAACUUAUAUGACUCGGUAUAAAACAGUGAUUUGCCAUUUAUGGUUCGCCGCAAAUUUAGCGAAAUAGCGUGCCAAAGCGAAUUUUCUUUAAAAGUUGCGCGCUAGGAUUAAAAGCAGAUUUUUCUUGAAGUACGGCGAAAAUUUCGGGUGUAUAGUACCAGCAUUAUGCUUAACAAAAUAAUCCACGCCACGCUCCAGUUGAAGCUGAGUGUUUGGAACGAUUUAUUUCAAGCAAUCCCUUAUUUUAAGAUAAAAUAAAAAUAGCUCAGUAACUUAGUGGGAUAGAAUAUAUGACGUGACAUUCGUUUUAAAGGCUGAUAAGUGUCAUUCUGUUAUUAGUCAACGGGUUAAUUACGAACUAGUAUAAAUGUUGACAGAUUUAGUGUCAGAAGGUAGAUUUUAAGUGACUAUGAGUUGUGACAUGACGCCGGGCUCAGCUUAGUCAUUAAUUAAUUUCUAGUAGAUGCUUAAAAAUAAGACGUCGUUUUAAGGGUGGUGAAAUUCGGUGUAAACUAAUUAAGUGACAAUGACAAGUUAGUGUAAUAAUGAAAUUUAAUUAGAAAAUAGUGAAAACAUUUAAAAUGGCUGGAACUAUGAAAAGGAUAAAAAGGCUUUCAUUCUUACUGAAUGCUCUGCUUCUGUUCAUCUCUAUGAUAUACGGCGCGGGCGGCCUCCGUACCACGGAACUGCGAAUCACGCCACGCGUCGUACAACGCGGUAGGAACGUGACGAUGGCCUGCCUGUAUCAGCUGCGAGAGUACGGAAUAUACUCCGUAAAGUGGUACAAGGGCACCCACGAGUUCUACAGAUAUUCGCCGUUCGAGUCGCCAACGACGAGAGUUCUGCCUGUCAACGGGAUUAAAGUCGACAGACUAAAAUCUAACGAAACGCACGUAGUGCUUUUGCGGGUGGUUCCGAGCCUCACGGGAAACUACAGCUGCGAGGUGAUACUGAACGCGCCUUCGUACCCGCACCACACCGCCGUGGCAAGGCUGGAUGUCGUGGGAGCAGGCGGGCUUCGCGCUACUGAGCUUCGGAUAUCUCCUCCAGUGGUCCAGCGAGGAGCAGACGCUACUUUUGCCUGCCUGUACGAGCUAACUGAUGCCCCUCUCUACUCUGUAAAAUGGUACAGGGGGCGCCAAGAGUUCUACUGCUACUCCCCUACUGAAACACCUUCGACGAAGAUAUUUCCAUUUGCUGGUAUUAAUGUCGAUCUAUCUCGCUCUAACCAGAGCCAAGUGGUUCUGACACGAGUGAGCUUCGGGCUAUCGGGGAACUUCAGCUGCGAGGUGACCGCCGACGCGCCCUCAUUUGCCACCUCCAUCGUCUCCAAUACUAUGGAAGUCGUCGUUUGGCCAGCAUCGCCGCCGACAAUCCAUACGAGCCAGCACUACUACAUGCCGGGCGAUGUGCUUCACGCUAACUGCUCAUCGGGGCCCAGCCGGCCGGCGUCUGAACUCGCCUUUUUCCUCAAUGACCAACCCGUAACACCGGGCUCGUAUCAGGUACAGCCAGCUCCCGAGGGCUUGUUCCGAGCGGAGCUUCACGUUCAGAUCCAGCUGUGGCCUGCCCACUACGAGAGAGGGGCGCCCAUUCUGAGAUGCGAGGCUAAGGCGGGAGGAGACCUUUACAGGGAUGAUUCAACAAUUGCUCUUUAUUCUGCCAAUGGAGAUCCGAAAAUAGAACGUGUUACAUCACCAGGGUCUGCUACUACAUUGCAAGGGUGUCAAAUUCUUCUGCUUAUGCAUACAAUUAUUUGGGCAAAUAACACUUAGAUUUGAAAAUAAGAAUGGAAAUUAUACAAAUAAAUAAUUAUACUAGAUGUACUAAUUCUUUCAUGGACGAUUGUGAAUUUAGUUGAAAAACCUAAACGAGCUGACAAUUAUACCAAAGAAUGUAAAGACUAAGAGAUAUUGUUGAUUUAAUAUAAAUUAUAUAUGUGAA